AUGGCCAUGGAGUCCGAGCUGGUGAGGGAGCUGGACUUUGAGGAUUUGAUCUGCGACUUUGCAAAGAAAAAGACAAGAAAGAAGAACUUAAGAGUGUAUCGUUUCAUCCCUACUGAGCUCCUGUUGUUGUGUUUUCUUGUACGUCUCUGUGCAGUGGUUCCCAGCAUCCAGGACGCACGAGGACACGACACCACGCAGACAGUUUUCCAGCCCUAUGUGCCAGACCACGCAACAGCCCGCCGGCCAGAGACAGAUCCAACACACACAAACACAGUCCAGGACCCUCACGGCUCUGCCCCAGCCCUCCAGUGCAGCCAGUCCUAUUACGGCUGCUUCCCAGAUGGAUGUCCCUCAGCUGGGGGACCCCAGGGUCUGGGCUGCCCACAUGCCCCAGCUCCCCCUCCUGCCCAGCCACACUGCGCCCAGACCAGUUAUGGCUCCUGCCAAGACCAGGUGACGGCUGCUCAGGGCCCCAACAGGGAGGGCUGCGCCGAGUAUGCUGCCCCUGCACCUACUGCUGCUCCUUCUCUCCCCACUGAGAAUGCAGCAUGGUGCCGUCUCACCACCUACGGGUGCUGUUAUGACCGCACAACACCUGCAGGAGGACCCAACGGGGAGGGCUGCCCCAACCCACCCAACCACAUUGAGCACUCCAUCUGCUCCCUGCCUCGUGCUGCCGGCUCCUGCAGCACCUGGACACCACGCUACCACUACGACAUCAUCACCUCUAAGUGUCUACACUUCUGGUACGGAAGUUGCCACGGCAACAGCAACAACUUCAUGACCUGGGCUGAUUGCCAGAGGGCGUGCCAGGCACCUUCACCGAGCCAGCAGGGACCGGGGCUGCUCGCUCCCGCCGGAGAGCCCACUCCUAGAAGAGAAUCCACCCCUGGAAGCUCCACAUCUGGAGGAGGAUCUGCCGCCGGAAGGUCAACAGGUGUGGGGUCCCGCAACAUGGGGAGGAUUUUCACAGUGCAGGGAGGCACCGGUACCGGCAGACAGGCCACCAGUGCCGCCUCACAUGCCCACUGAGCUAGAGUCCAUCUGCGCCCCCGCAGACCUUCCCCUGCUACUGCUGCACAGCACAUGGUCCCAGCAGCGAGGUAAGACUCCGAAGGCCCAGGGAGCAUGGCCAAAAGCUCACUCCCUACCCAGCCCCGCCUCCACUAGCCUCAUAAUGCUGGUAACAGCCUUCCUACCCCUGCUGAAGGAGCCCCAGUCCACUCAGCCCUGCUGAGUGUGGGUAGGGCCAAAGAUUGAGCUGAGGAGACUAAUCAUGUCCAUCAUUCACUUACCCCAUAAAAUAUGAUGAUGAAGUCCAAGUUAAAGUUGUUAAUCACUGUGUUUAUGUAUACAAAUACUCCCAGUCU